AUGUCAAAGCUGAAACACGUGGAACGAAGCUCAGAAACCAUCUCCGACAUCGCCAAAGAUGUAAUACGUCUUCUCGAGGAGGAGAAAGAAACUGUCGGUGUCGCCGAGUCCUUAACAGGCGGCAGUAUCAUGGCUGCCCUCACAGCAGUCGAAGGCGCAAGUUCUGUCUGUCGCGGCGGCAUAGUUUCCUACAGCACAGGCAUAAAGGUCAACAUACUCGGAGUUAGUCAAUCUAUCAUCACGAAGCACGGCGCUGUCAAUGGGGAAGUCGCGGAACAGAUGGCCGCUGGCGCUCGCAGUAUCACGACGCUCGAUACGCCAACGACAUGGGGGAUUAGCACGACGGGUGUGGCAGGACCUGGUACGGAGGAAGGAAAAGCACCCGGGACGGUGAUUAUUGGAAUCUCGAGGGCUGGCCAGGACAGAGCGUUUGGGCCGUUCUACUUUCCAGGGGAUCGCGAUGCUGUUAGGAAAGCCACCGUUACAAAGGCUUUGGAACAGUUGAGAGAACUUCUACGUGACCGGGAUCAUAUGGAUAACCGACCAUAA